GGAGUUUCCCCUUCAUAUCAAUUAUCCCAUUUGCUUUUCUCACAAUAUGAUGAACUAUAUGGAACCAGUGGGAUUAACCUCAGUGUCCUGAUCUUUUCAGUGGGCGGAUGGCAUUUCCAGUUCCCAUUGCCAGUAAGUGAUGGAGUUGAAUGAGGGGCACUCUCUCUCUCUUACUGACACUCCUGCCUCUCCACAUGCAUGACCUCUUCCACCAUUAGCAUCACCCAUCAGAGUGGGACAUUUGUUUACAAAUCAGUGAAUCUGCACUGACACAUCAUAAUCACUCAAAGUCCAUAGGUUACAUUACAGUUCCCUUUUGGUGUGGUACAUUCUAUGGGUUUGGGCAAAUGUAUAGUGACCUGUAUCUAUCCUUAUGGUAUUCUAUAGAGUAUUUCCACUGCCCUGAAAAUUCCCUGUGCUCUGCCUGUUCAUCCCUCCUCACCAUGCCUAACCCAUGGCAGCCACAGAUCUUUUUUACUGUCUCCAAAGUUUUCCUUUUCUAGAAGGUCAUAUGAUCAGAAUCAUAUAGAAUGUAGCCUUUUCAGAUUGGCUUCUUCCACUUAGUGAUAUGCAUUUAAGUUUCUUCCAUGUCUUUUCAUAGCUUGACAGCUCAUUUCUUUUUAGUGCUGAAUAAUAUUCCAUCAUCUGGAUUGUACCAGUUUAUUUAUCCAUUCACCUAGCGAAGGACAUCUCAGUUGCUUCCAAGUUCUGGCAAUUACGAAUAAGCUGCAAUAAACAUCUAUGUGCAGGUUGAUGUGUGCACAUAAGUUCUCCACUCCUUUGGGUAAAUACUAAGAAGUGCUGUUACGGGAUUAGUACGGUAAGAGUAUGUUAGUUUUCUAAGAAACCACCACCUAACUGUCUUCCAAAGUGACCAUACCGUUUUGCAUUCCCAUCAGCAAAGAAUGAGAGUUCCUGCUUCUCCACGUCCUCACCAGCAUUUGGUGUUGUCAGUUGCAGAUUUGGGUGGUGAAAUGAUUUUAAGGGAACUCUGUCCCAUUUAAAUGGAGUGUGAAAUGACCCAAGCUUCUUGGAUGAUGGUUUGUCAAUAUAUUUUAAGUGGCAAAAAUAUUGAGAGCUCUUGAAGGAACACUUCCAUGUCUAGAAAUGUACUUAAGGAAAUAAUUUUGUAAAUAAACAUUAAAAAAUGCUCCACAAGGAUGUUGAUCACUAGGCCUGGGUAAUGAGAGAGAAGAGCACUUUGGGGUAAAGGGAGGGGUCUGGACCAGAGCCUGGCACCAGUGCAAAUGUAAAGCUGCCGUGCGUCUUUGCCUUACGUACAUUAAGAUUUGUGUCUUUUUUUUUUUUUAAGAAAAUAUUCUAAAAUGAAGGAAAAAGUAGUCUUUUUUGGAUAUAACAACUGUGAGAUAAUUGAUCUCUCUGAUAUUUAAACACUUAUGCUCUUUAUUACGUUGGCUGCUUGGGGACAAGAAUAGCCAGCCUCUCUGUGGUGCCCAGGGUGUGCCUCACGUAGCAUCAGAGGGGCUCGGUUCAUUCCAGAGGGCAGUUUGGGGCUGGUCACUGUUGCUUCCUGGGAAAACCUCAAGCAUUGCUUUGGCUUGCAUUACUCUCUUUCCCUCUCUAUCCGUAUCUUCUGAGAUCUGUGUCAAUUAUAAAGUAAUUAAGAGAAAUCUCAUUAAUCUUGCUAUAAAAGAAUACUUUUGAAUGUCUUAUUUUCCAUUUCUCAUGUUCUACCUGAAAACAUAGAAUUAACGGAGAGGCCAGUCAUCAAGCAAGGAAAAUGGGGCUCACGCUGAGGGCCUGUUUCCGGCUGGAACAGGGGACUUGGAAUCAGAACUGGUCCCCAAAAUGUGCAAAGGAGAAGGAAGGCCUACCAGGGACAUUAUCACCUAGGAAACAUGAAUCGUGCUUGAGAACAGUAGCCGGGAAGACAAGCACGAAUGUCCCUUUGGCCGCAGUAGUAUAGAGCUGACCAAGAUGCUGUGUGAGAUCCUGAAAGUGGGCGAGCUGCCCAGUGAGACCUGCAACGACUUCCACCCAAUGUUCUUCACCCACGACAGAUCGUUCGAGGAAUUUUUCUGCAUCUGUAUCCAGCUCCUGAACAAGACGUGGAAGGAAAUGAGGGCAACUUCUGAAGACUUCAACAAGGUAAUGCAGGUGGUGAAGGAGCAGGUUAUGAGAGCUCUUACAACCAAGCCUAGCUCCCUGGACCAGUUCAAGUGCAAACUGCAGAACCUGAGCUACACUGAGAUCCUGAAAAUCCGCCAGUCUGAGAGGAUGAACCAGGAAGAUUUCCAGUCUCGCCCGAUUUUGGAACUGAAGGAGAAGAUUCAACCAGAAAUCUUGGAGCUGAUCAAACAGCAACGCCUGAACCGCCUCGUGGAAGGGACCUGCUUUAGGAAACUCAACUGCCGGCGGAGGCAAGACAAAUUUUGGUACUGUCGACUUUCACCCAACCACAAAGUCCUACACUAUGGAGACUUGGAAGAGAGUCCCCAGGGAGAAGUGCCCCACGAUUCCCUGCAGGACAAACUGCCGGUGGCAGAUAUCAAAGCUGUGGUGACGGGGAAGGACUGUCCUCAUAUGAAAGAGAAAGGUGCCCUUAAACAAAACAAGGAGGUGCUUGAACUUGCUUUCUCCAUCUUGUAUGACUCAAACUGCCAGCUGAACUUCAUAGCUCCUGACAAGCACGAGUACUGUAUCUGGACGGACGGGCUGAAUGCACUGCUGGGGAAAGACAUGAUGAGUGAGCUGACCCGGAAUGACUUGGACACCCUGCUCAGCAUGGAAAUCAAGCUCCGCCUCCUCGACCUGGAAAACAUUCAGAUCCCUGACGCACCUCCCCCCAUCCCCAAGGAGCCCAGCAACUAUGACUUCGUCUAUGACUGUAACUGAAGUGGCCGGGCCCAGAAGCGCCCCCUCCAAAACUGGAAAAUCUAGCUUGCGGGAGAGAAGAAUUAAAACACACCCACGCCUCGGAACCCUCUCGCGGUGCAGAGAAGCUGUGGGUCAACACUGUCUUUGGCCUCGCCUCUAGCCCCAGCAUUCUUCUACCCCUACCUGGCGUCUUGCUCACUGCCCUGAUUCUGUUUCUAGACUCCAUUGCUUUAGGUCACUUCCCACUGCUGCAGUCUACCGAUGGGAGCAGAGCAAAACCCACCGCCAAUAAGAGAGCCAAAGGGCCCUUCCAUCCUCACCCCCCUCCCCAGCAGGCCCGUCCUCCCUCCCUGGAGGGUGCAAGCCGGCAGCACCAGACUGCCCCAAAACCUGCCCGUCAGACCGAAGGGACUGCCCCAGUGCUUGUGUCUGGAAGAAACAGCCUAGCUGCUGGAGAAGACCAAACACCGCCUCCUCAUUCCCCUUCUCUCCAGAGUCCGCUCACACCACCAGUUCCCUGUGACUCGAAAUCUGCUUUCAGGUCUUUUCCGUCCUCCGUGCAGGCCUUUGCCUUGUGCUGGUCCUCUCUGGUUCCAAGGGCAGCAGCAGAAACCUCGUUCUAGCCGUGGACCGCACCGGGUCUCCGGACCCAGUCCCAGGUCCAAUGCCAUUUCACGUCUGCACUGUGAGCGUGCCCAACCUUCUUUCCUCGCCAGCUAGUCUUGGGUGUCCUCUCUCUGCCCCAGCCCACACCUGCCUUCUUCACGCCUCACACCCUUCCAGCCCCUUAGGUAAAAGCACAAAUGGUGAAAUCAGUCGUCAUCCCCAUCUCUAAUAUACUAAACCGAAACGCCUCUGUGGCAGGCGGCCCCUCUCGACGGGUUUGGUGUUACCUUCUCCUGGGGGUUCUGCUACAACACAGGCCCCGCAGGAUGGUCAAGCUGUCAGACAUCCAAGUUUACAUCAUUGUAAUUAUUACAAGUAUUGACAAUUUGCAAGGGUUUGGGGGUUGGUUGUUUUUUUGUUUUUUGGUUUGUUUUUUUUUUUGCUUUGUUUUUGUACAAAAGAGUCUAACAUUUUUUUGCCAAACAGAUAUAUAUUUAAUGAAAAGAAGAGAUACAUAAAUGUGUGUACUUUCAAGGUUUUUUUUUAAUUAUUUUAAUCCUAAACAUCUUCCUGAGAAUAACAUUCCCUUAUACAUGCUGUGGAAUAAAAUGAAUUGUGAUGA